AUGAAGCAUGGGCAUGCGCUGGUGGGAAGGAAGGACGAGUGGUCAGCUCCAAAGCACAAACCACCGAAAAUCGGAUCGCUGGGCCCGCUCGAGCCGGUGAUGAAGCAACCGCAGCGACGAGCAGAUGAAACUUCGUCGCCAGCUGUGGCAGCAUGGCUGGUGCCGUGUGUGAUGGUUGUUGUGCUUGGUGUUGCGGCAGGCUUCGUUUGGUGGUGUUUCGGGUACAACAUCCCUUCCAACGUCAUCCACGUCAAGGUCGUGACAGUCGAUGACACCACCACCGCCGCCACCACGACUACCAAAGGCUCCUCUGUCGAAAGCGGCAACGGCAGCGAUCCCACGGCUGGCCCCGACACCGUACAAGCGCCGACCACAUCGUCGACAGCCGCCGCCGCUGUGAACAGCUUUCGCCGCGAUGCCGUGGUUGGCGCAAGGUCGAGCCGACGCAACGUGAGUCGCAACAAGCCCAGCAUAUUCGGCAGAGCACACUCUAAGUGGUUCGGCAGCACCAACAGCAACCACGACAGCAACGCUGACACCGCCACCAGCACCACCCGCACCAGUAUCAGGGCCACUGACUUUGCCAAGCCGCGUACAGCUACCAAGGUUCGCUUUGCACUGCGCACGAAAGGCAUGCGCAAACACGAGCCCGGGAAGGCGAUCCAUCUCGAACGAGGGCACACGUACGAGUUCCACUUGGAUGGCGUGCCACAGCAAUACCCCUUUCACAUCUCGCUGUCGGCGCAUGGUGGGGUGCCGCAGAACGGCGGAACCAGCGCCGACGCUGCGUGGGUGCGUGGCGUGACGGGUGCGCCUGGUGUUGGCCGCGACGUGAUCAUCUUCCAUGUGCCCUUUGAUGCACCAUCCACGCUGUACUACCAAUGCACCAACUUCCCACACAUGGGCGGCGAGGUGCGGGUGGAAGAGCCUCCCGCGUUUGACUUUGUGGAAGAGGACGAGGCAGGGUGGAUCGAUGACGAUGGAGAUGAUCUCAUCCAGUUCAGCAGCGGCGGCGGCAGCAGCAGCAAAAGCAGGCGCUUCAAGCGCCCACUCUCCUCCACCAACUCCAACGGAAACAGGAACAGCGGCUCGCACCGCCGCUAUCACCAGCACCCGCGCCCAUUGUCGUCCACGUCCAUGAGGUCUGCAGCAGCGGCAGCGGCAGCCUGGAACCGACGCAGCCUGCACCGCGGCGGCGGCCUGUCUUCCAUAUCCCCGCUGGAGAUUCUGCUGGCCGCAGCACGCACACCAGCGGAGGAGGUGCACAACUGGCGGGCCUCCCUCCCCGUGUGGCACCAUCACAUCGGUGGUGCCGGUGGUGCUGGUGGACUGCCUGUUCCCACCCAUCCAGCCGAGUACCGCUUCACAUAUGCCGGGCUGCCCAACCUCCGCAACUCGUGGGGCGGCAUUGGGGCACCACCCAGGUAUCCCCGGCACUCCGCUGCAGGCAUCGGUACUGCGAACAGUGACAGCAACGUCGCAGCGGCUCGGGCGCGCGGCAGCCAGAUGCACAUGCAAACCCACGUGAGGGAGGAUGGCGAGUGGAUUGGGGUGGCCUCUCACGGUGCGGGUGACCUCAGGCUUCGCUACGGCAUGGACAUGCCUGCCCUCAUGCGCAACAUGAACCCGCGACUCUUCGCGCAGAUGCGGCAGGACGUCAUGACGCGCCGCAUCAACAGCUGGUUUGCUGGCGGUCCCCGAAAUGCCGUCUCGGACAGCGCCGUGCAAGCCGAGAUCCAGGGCCACGUGGUCACUGCCAGUAAUGCCCGCACACGCUUAGACUCGCAGCACCCUCUGCGCUCUGUGAUGACCUCCACCCCCUCAGCACCAACAGCAGCAUCAACAGCAGCAGCAGGCCGUGUGUCCACAGCGACCCGUGUCCCAGCUACGCAUUCGCAUGCACGCCAGGCAGCAGCAGGGCGGCGGAGCACGGCCAGUCUUGCGAGCACGGCACCCAAGGCACCGGCAUACGAGACACAGGCGUCGAUGGUCUCCAGCCAACGCACGACCGCCGGCAGUCAGCACAGCCAGGAAGAGUACCAGCAAGCGAGCGGACGUGGUCGCACUGCAGAUCGUAGUGCAGCGGAUGCAACGCCAAGCCACAGCCACCUGCAGCGAUGCUCACAGCUGCAGCACUCCGAGGACAUGAGUUGCUCGGCCGUGUCCAUCACCACCAUCGGCACAAUGACGCACUUACUCGGCAGGGCAACAGCACCCCACACCGCCAACACCUCGUCCGCUGAUACCGGCAGCCAGCCGGCAGGCGGCAGCGAGAGGGCAGAUGGCGGCUCGACUGUUGACGGGAAAACUGGCAGGCCCCAUACGGAUACGGCCAAUCCUUCCACCAUCAACAGCAACAACAACAGCAACAACAGCAACAGCAGCAGUCGCAGAGCGAGUGGUACGAGUGGUGCGAGUUUGGAAGACGAAGCAAAUGGAGAUCAAGGCGACGCACAGCGCAAUAGCGUGCUGUCGGCCAACCUGAGCAGCCUGGGGCCCCAAGACCCGCUGCUGCAGCAUGCGUAUGACUACGACCACGACGCUAUGCAGCGCGACUUGGUGGCACUGAUGGAGGUGCAGCAGGCCCUCGACGGUCAGGAUGCGUGGCAGUCACCUUCAUCGUCAGCCACAUCGUCAUCCGCAUCGACUGUGACUAGCGACGAGAACGAAGCGAAGGAGGGUGGUGAUGGUGGGCAUGGCGACGGUGAUGGUGAUGGCAAGAGCAGCAGUCGGCGUGGUGACGCGUUGAUGAGUGGUUGCAGCCACAGUCGCAGUCGCAGCCGAGGGCGAGCCCCUGGAGAUGACAAAGGCGGUGGCAGCCACGAUGACAUGGGUGAUCGGAGAAGGGGUGCUCAGCAAGGAGAGAGUGGUGGCGAGAGCAUCGACUUUGUGUUCAGCCCUGCGCCCGAGUCCAGCCACCACAGCCUGUUUGACUACGACGAGCGCCUUCGCCUACUCAACUCGUUUGGGCUGGGCAUGGGCGCAAGUGUAACAGACUCGACCGGCGAUGAGUGGGACGCCAGCAGCUCACACCAGUGCGCCACAACAGUGUCCCAGCACACAGGAAGCAUGUGGGAGACAUCGGAUGCCCUGGAGGAGGAUGGGAAGUGGCGGCCACUGGGCGACUAUGUUGGGCCAGGCAGGUUCGUUGGCAACGAAGGCGAGGGCGAGGACGAGGGCGACCGCGGCCAGCAGCAUGUCAGCAGCAACAACAACAACAACAACAACAACAACAACAACAACAACGGCAACCGUGGGGAGCCAGAUGCAUACACGAACAGAGGUGCGGUGUUGGUCGAGCGAGAGGAUGGUGAACUUGGGGAGGUGCUGACUGCGGGUUGCGACGUGUCGGUGUCAUCCUCCGCCGCCUCCGAGGACGGCGGACGUGUGCACGUCGGCCAAUCACACCGGGGUGCUGUCCGCAGCAGCGACAGGCCGGGCGACCGCAACGACGCUAGUAGCGGCGUGAGGCAUCAGCAUUGGGAGGGUGGUGACGGGCGUGGGCAGGAGUAUGACGAUGAUUAUGGGUAUGUGCAGGAGGACGCUGAUCUGCGCGGGGGCGAUGGCGAAACAGGCGGCGAUGAUGGUGAUGAUGAAGACGACGACCUGGAGUACGACUAUCCGGACACACGGGCGUGGACUUCAAGCUUUCGGGGCAGCAGACACGAGCCUGGGGAUGAGCGGUUGCUGUUGGAAGGCAUGAUGGCGGAGUCACAGCCGGAUCGCAGCAUGGCGGUGAGGGCACUGGAUGUGCUGGACUACAAGACAUGCCUGUGGAAUGCCAAGCCUGUUGACCAGCCACCUUCUUAUGACCACGCUCGCGCAAGGCGUGCGCAGGCGACGUGCACCAAGCGCCGUACUGUGUCUGGUAAGUCUCAUAUGAACGCAAGUGCACAUGGGCUGACUGAGGCAAAUGACCAAGCGUUUCGUCAACGGACAGGCACGUCGUUUACCGCAACGGUGUACAACUACGCCUGCCGCACAUUCACGGGAGCACACGCAUUUCGGAACCAGAAAGGGCUGCACGCGAACGCAACGUUUCUUGCCUUCAAGCAAACGACAUGCGACACCUGCUUGGACCCAAAGGCGCUAUGCCGCAAGUCCCAGUGUGUUCGCUCUAUUGCUGCCCUUCAAAUGCCUGGGGUCCUGCACCACGCCAACAAGCAUGUGUGGGAGCGGGAGUGUGCGGCAAUGCUGCUGGAGCCACGCGGCCACACGCCUCUUAGCAGACGCUACCAAGACCACCAAGACCGCCAUCAGCCCCAAGCGACGGGUGCGCGUGUGCAUGUCGGGCUGUUCCGUGAUCCCCGCCGCAGAUUACUCUCGGCCUUUAACUACCACCGCCACGCGUUUGGGCUGCGUGGCAAGAAGAUCAAGAAGCGUCUUCGUGACCUGACGACGCUCAAGGCCUUUGCCACCUUCCCAGGCAUUGCCGGGUGUCAGGUGAAGCACUUGAUCGGAUACGAAUGCGCAUCCGACGACGUGGCUCUUACUAUCGGGCACGUGCUGCAAGCGAUUGGCGUUGUGCAGCGCACGUUUGCGUUUCUUGGCAUCACCGACGACUAUGACACGUCCGUGUGUCUCUUCCAUCGCAUGCUCGGCACCCUCCCUCACGCGGACGAGUUUAUCCACACCCGCGACUCGUCGCAAUACGCAGAGGUGAUGCGCCAUCGAGGCUACACGACACUGCCGCGGGACGCGUGGACGACGCUUGAUGUCAAACACGACCGCCACGACUGGUUGCUCUAUGUGGUUGUAAUGGACACGUUUGUUCGGCGACUGCAGCAGUACGGACUUCGUGCCGGCAAACACACCUUGCACGAGCACACCGCUAUCACGCAGCACUGUCGGGGGUGGAUUGCACUGGCCACGCAACACACGCCACCACCAUCCACAUCCUCUGCGCUCAGGACAGCAGUGGAGGAAUGCUGGGCAUUUCAAUCCCACAUUAACUAGCUGAAGACAACACACCCAUGUAACUGUAACAUAACAGAACCACACUUUAGGGAACGCCCGUAUACAUACCACACACACACACACACACACGCAGCCCACCUUCUCAUCGCCUUGUCUAUUCACUGUCUCUACUCCAUGUGCGGUUUUCCCCCCGAUUCACUCUCGUGCUCUCAUCAUCGUAGAUUAAACGCAUAACGUUCCAG